GCUGACCCACACAACAAACAACAAGUGAGGAGGGUCUUGCUUCUUUCCCUUUUGGUGGUCUGUGAUCGCUGGCUCAUUCAUCUCAUGUACCCCGUGAUCCACAAGCAGGCGUCCACUCGUUUGUUCAGGUGAUUGCUGGCUGGCCUGAUUGCCUCACUGCUCCCCAUUGCCUCUUUGCUUGCGCAGCAGCAGCACCAUGACGUCGACCCCAGUGCUCAAGUUUGCCCCGUUCUCGAGUUCGGCGGACACGGCGUUUUGGCACUCCCUGUCCAACCGCAAGCUCACCGACUAUCGCCUCAGCAAAGAGGCCCAACCCAUCUUUGCCUCGUUUGCAACCGGCCAUCGGCCUGACAUGCCAGCCCGCGCCGCUGUCAGUGCAGAGUCAUUUGAGAGGGACCCCGCUGCGGCGCGCGUGGGCCAGGUCUACUUGAUGCGUGGCGAUUUGUUCAACACGAACACGCUCGAUGAGUUCAAGAAAGCCGACAUUGCCGCCAUGACCCAGACAUGCGCUGGAGAGAUUGCGCGUGCAAUCACGAGCGGAGACGUGCUGAGCGACAACAGCCAGCUGCACCGCUUUGUGCUGCUCACGUUCUCUGACCUCAAGAAGUACAAGUUCUACUACUGGUUUGCCUUUCCCGCCCUUGUGCCGACGGACACCCCGCUCACACAGCUUGCACUCCAGCCCAUCGCAGACUCCCUCACGGAGGAGCAGAUGUCUGCCAUCGCCGCGGGCGUCACGGCGCUGUGUGCAUCCACACCCACGCUAUCGGCGUUCAUCGUGGACAUGCGUGGAAGCGAUGAGGACGACGGUCCUGCCGCUGCUGUGCUGCCACUUACGGAUAUGGCACCAGAGAUGUUCGAUGACGAGCGGGUACUGUUUGCGGUGAUGGAUGCGAGCGGGGUGGCGGCUCAUACUAGCAAGCACGUGAAAGGCGUGGAGAAGGACAGCAAAGGGCGCCUGGUGCCGCGUGUGUGCGAUCUCGCCGGAACCAUGGACCCAACCAGGCUUGCGACGACGGCUGUGGACCUGAACCUGAAGUUGAUGCGGUGGCGGCUGAUGCCGUCGGUCGAUCUCGAGCGGAUCGCAGCGACAAAAUGUCUUCUUCUCGGCGCCGGCACCCUCGGAUGCAACGUGGCACGCGCACUCCUGGGAUGGGGUGUUCGUCACAUCACGUUUGUGGACAACGGCCGCGUGUCGUUCUCCAACCCGGUCCGCCAGUCCCUUUUCCAGUUUGAGGACUGCCUUGACGGCGGGAAACCGAAAGCCGAGACAGCCGCUCUUCGCCUUCGCCAAAUCUUCCCUGGCGUGACGACGCGUGGGAUUGUGAUGUCAAUCCCAAUGGCGGGCCACCCUGUCUCUCCUGCCGCUUUUCCCCAGACGAUGGCCAACACGCGCAAGCUGCAGUCGCUGAUUUCCGAGCACGACGUUGUGUUUCUCCUCACAGACACACGCGAGGCGCGCUGGCUGCCAACCGUCAUUGCAGCGGCAGAGAACAAGGUGUGCAUGACGGCGGCGCUUGGGUUUGACACGUAUGUUGCCAUGCGCCACGGGCAUCCGAGUGGCCCAUCAGGAAACAUGACAACAGGCUGCUACUUCUGCAACGACGGCACCGCCCCUCAGAACUCGACACGGGACCGCACGCUUGACCAGCAGUGCACCGUGUCGCGGCCGGGCGUGUCCAUGAUCGCAGCCGCCACCGUUGUGGAGCUCCUCAUCAGCCUCAUGCACCAUCCACAGGGGGUGACUGUUGGUCUGACGGACCCCAGCGACGACGACGCCAGCCCCAUGGGCGCGGUGCCACAGCAGAUCCGCGGCUCCGUGUCAGGAUUCUCUAGCAUGCUGUUUGCAGGGCACCCUUUCUCCCACUGCAUUGCCUGCUCUCGCAAGGUUGUUGAUCUGUGGCAAAGUGAUCCGGAGCGGCUGCUGCGCGACGCCGUGAACGACCCGAAGCUGCUGGAGGACCUGACAGGCAUCACGGAGAUGAAGGCCCUUGUCGACAACCUUGCCGACAUCGACAUUGACAUUGACAUCAGUGACGAUGAGGCUGAGGCGAACUAGGCGCAAGGUGGGGGGGGGGGGGGAACACCGCUUUGGCCAAGUCGCCUGCACUCAAUUGUU